GACUGAUAAUCCUAACCUGCGACGAUCCUUUUCGAGUAUAUUUUUUUAUCACGGUAAAUGGAGACGGACGACGGCAAACACUGCAUGCAUUACGUCGUGCGCAAGAAGCGGUUCUGCCGCAUGACGGUGCGGGAGGGCCGUCGAUAUUGCGGCGAACAUCAGCGGGACGUCGCCGGCUGCCCCGACGAGAGGGUGCCAUGUCCGUUGGAUCCCACGCACACAUGCUAUCGCUCGAAGUUGACGAGACACCUAAGUGUGUGUAACGCCAAGCGCAAGUUGGACACGCGACCCCCUUUUGUGAUUGAGGGAGCAAAUUUGGACGAUGAGACUAUCGCAAUGCCGCUACGCGUGCCGCUAUCACAACUCGACGAGUCUGUCGUAGAGACGGUGAUAAGGAAGAUUCAUGCUGCCUACGAAAAGCUAUCGGAGUUUCCCCGAGUCAUUCUGCAGCACGAUGUGCUCAAGGAUAAAUUGAACGAUAAAACCUGCGGCAGUAACGUCAAAAAGCACUUGCUUCAAAAUGCGUCUCUGCUGGGACAUCUAGAGCGAGCUGGUCUCGUGUGUGAUGACACUUGCUUUAUCGAAUUCGGAGCGGGAAAAGCUCAGCUAACAUAUUGGUUGGGACAAAUUGUAAAGAACAAGUCAAAUUCUUGCAUCUUGUUAAUCGAUCGUUCUAGUCACCGACACAAGAACGACAAUAAGCUUAAGAGGGAAGAGAGUCAUCUCGUAAUAAAAAGAAUACACGCCGACAUUGCCGAUUUGCAGCUAAAUCAGGUCGCGGAGAUCCAGCCGGUCAAGUACAAAGUUGGUAUAGCGAAGCAUCUGUGUGGUACAGCUACAGAUUUGUCGAUACGAUGUUUGGUGAAUUCAAUAAAGAACGAGCCCAAGGUCGACGUUCGUGGUCUGGUUCUCGCGUUUUGCUGCCAUCACAAAUGCGAGUACUCGUCGUACGUGGGCCGAGAGUAUCUGCAAGGGUGCGAUUUCACUGCGGACGAGUUUCCUGUGUUAUGCAGCAUAGUCAGUUGGGCGACUUGCCGUUUGAAGAACGACCGAUCGGAAUUAGAUGAACGCGAAGUUACCGGGCGCAAGGCUAAAAUCCUACUAAAUUGGGGUCGCCUGGUAUUCUUAAAGAACGCUGGAUUUCAGGCCGAGCUGCUUUACACUUCCACCGAUGUCUCGUUGGAAACAAUGUGCAUCGUAGCUACACGAGAAUGUUCGUCGUGACUGGGACUAUUGCAUUCAUCUGUCUUAUUCUUGUUUUUUUUUUUUUUUUUUUU